AUGGCCGGCCUGGGCGCAAACCACUUUCAACGGGACAUUUUGCCAUCUGCACAUUUCGUACAAUCAAGUUUCUAUUCUUCUCCCACCACCACAACACUGGCGUUGUCGCACGGGCGGAUCGCCCCCACUGACAACAGUCUCUACGCGCCUAAUGCCACCUUCAAUGUUGCAGGGCCGGGCAACCUCAGUCUGGGAAGCAGCCCUUUCUUCUACUGGAACACGAAAGCCGACGGGACUGGGAAUAUUUUUGGUCAAGGUUCCAACAUUUUCCCGAACCAGACCACCAAUCUGACCCUCUUCGCCAUCUGGGGUGUGACGACGGGACUAACUAACAGUGGUGUGACGACAAAUUUCAACUUCUUCUACGAUCCGAGCCUCGGCGGCGCGGGAGGCAUCGAACCUGUGCGCAUUAAUCAACUGCUUGCGGCCGGUACCGGCCGCAAGCCAGUCAUUGAAAAUGAUUUCGACUGGUUACAGGCGCAGUUCGCUGGUGUCGACAUGACGAAGGCCCAGCCCUUUCCGAUCCCCGUCCAGGUGACGGCCGUAGUCCUAAGCGGUUACAGCGCGAGCUGGGGCUGGCCGUUGUCCAUGAACGCAGGCAAAAACCCGGCUACACUCUUGCGCUGCAUGGCUAUCACGGAAGUGUCCGAGACAUUCAUGUUGGCGCAGGACAAGGGCUGGGGCUUCUCCAACGGCGUCUGCGACGAGGAGAGCUGCGGCGAGGCUCUCUCGCUCUUCCUGGCCGUGCGGUUCCAGCUCUCGCAGGGCCUGGGCACGACCUGGUUCAUGAACCGCAUGCCGUCGACCUGGCUCAACACCUCGCUUCCGGCAAGCAACCCAGCCUCGACGGAAUUCGACGCAAACACGGGCACGCACUACGGCUCGCGGCAGGACUACGUCGGCAGCGUCAAGCCGUGGACUGGCAACGGCCCGGCCACCGGCUGCUGCAUGGCCUUUCUCUAUUACCUGUUCCACCAGCUCCAGUUCACCUCGAUCCCGCAAAUCAUCGCUGCUGCGCCGGGCGUGGAUUCCAGCAACAACGGCCCUUGCAGCAACAACGUGAUUGGUGGCUCUUGCCUCGAAGGCUCAACUUCCCGUAUUGCACUCCUGGCACCAGGUGUCAUCAUCAAAUGUCCACGAUUCUCUUGGUGGCAUUCUAAGGCAGCGGUGGAUAAAUGGUUCGUUCGGGACAUGAAGCGGAGUUUUGAGGUGGAAGAACGACUUCUGCAAAUCCUAGGACUACAUCCAAGAAUAAUAGAGUUCAAGGGCGUCUCAGAUGACCCAUUUGGAUUGUUAUUUACUGAAGCAAGUGAUGGAAAUCUACAAAACUACAUUGACCAGCACCAUGCUAGCAUCGAUAUGUCACUACGAUUCAAAUGGCGCACGCAAGCCGCGGAGGCGAUCCAAUUCAUUUAUCAAAAAGGUGUGAUACACUCUGAUCUUCGACCUGAGAACUUUUUGUUGCACACUGUGGCCGGAAACGAGGUCGAUCUUCUGCUCUGUGACUUUGGGGGGGUCAACAAAUGGAGAAAUUGA